UUGAAAUGGAAUCUGUCUAGUGUGGCGCUGGGUGCUGGAACUCGUCCUCGAACCUGCCUCGGAUUACGCUUGAAGCUGCGCUGGUGGUUAGACCAAAAGAUUGGUUUUGAACUCUCUAAGCCGGUACAUAAUUUUUGUAUGAACUAGGAUACCUUUGUCGUGCGCGACUGCCUGUACCAUGGGAGACUUCGUUGGAACUGGUGUCGGUCGGAGCGGUGCUUGGUCAGCUACCGGAAGAGUUUCCAAGAGUGAUGGAACGAACCAGCUCUCGCCCCGAGGCACCCCUGGAAGAUGCUCUCGCCCAGGCAGAUCGAUGCCUGUCGUCUCUGUGCACGAGCAGGCCUCCUUUGGGCGAUCCCUGCGUGGCAGUGCCAAUACAAAGGCGAGGAGGGAUCCCCUGGUGUGCCAAUCCUCCCUGACGAUGACAGGCGCGCUUGCCAGCUAUGACAUCCCAGAGCAGCAAGUGCGUCCCAGCAUGCCGGAUUGGCUGAGCAAAUGCAUUGCAGAGGCCGCAAAGCACCUCGACCAGGCCCCCUUCCUGCAGCUGAUGAUGUCACUCCAGUCUGACAGCUUUCUGCACCACUCAGUCCCGUCAGCGGUCGUUCAGGCCCCUCAGCUGUGGCACGGCAUUGCAGAGCACUUGGCAGAGGCCUCACCGGAGGUCAUUGUGCUCAUACACCCAAUCAACAUGACCUCCUCACACAGCAGCCGCGCCCUGCAGGCUGCCAGGGAGAGCGCAAAGUACAGCGCGACAGAUGUGCUGACAGGCAUUGCCGUCGGAGAGGAGCCCGCGCACAUCUGGCAGCAGAGGCAUGCCGAACGCAUGGAGUCAUGUGCGCGCAUGAUGCAGAGCGGCCUCUCCAUCCCGGCCCUCUCCGGCAGCAUCGGCGACUGCUGCGAUGAUGAGACCAGUGCUCAGGCGCCCGUCGCGAACAACAUCCUGCCUCACAGCCCGCGCAGCAGCGGCAGCAAGACCGGGAAGCCGGGCAGUGCGAAUACAGAGAAGGGCGUGCAGUACUGGGGCGUUGUCAUCCAGAGCAGCUGGGCAAGCGAUAACGAUGGCUGCUAUGUGCUCAAAACGAUGCGCAGCGCCGUGGAGGACUGCACAUGCGUCCACUACAGCCUAGUCAGCGUUUGCCAGGGUGAGCCUUACAGCGCCCAGAUGGCUGCGCAAUGGCUCACCGCCUGA